UUCUCUGACUCCAGUCCUGCAGCUCCUGUUGCUUUCAACUUUUUUGUGACUCUGUCAUAGUUGCAGAAAUGUCCACCGCUGGUAAGGUCAUCAAGUGCAAGGCAGCAGUGGCCUGGGAAUCUAGCAAGCCUCUGGUGAUUGAAGAAAUAGAGGUAGCCCCACCCCAGGCCAAUGAGGUCCGCAUUAAGAUUGUGGCAACAUCUCUGUGCCAUUCAGACCUGUACUUCCUUUAUGAGAGUCUGGACAAAUCGCUCUUCCCAACCAUCCUCGGUCAUGAGGCAGCCGGCAUUGUAGAGAGUGUUGGGCUGGGAGUGACGGAAUUUCAGCCAGGAGACAAAGUAAUUCCUCUUUUCCUACUCCAGUGUGGAGAAUGUCGCUUCUGUAAGAGUCCUAAGACCAACCGGUGUGAAGAAGCAAUGUUGAGCCGGGCUCCACCUGUGCCGUGUUUGGUCUGGGAGCUGUGGGUUUGGCUGCAGUCAUGGGUUGCAAGGCUGCAGGAGCCAAAAGGAUUAUCGCUGUUGACAUCAACCCAGACAAGUUUGAGAAGGCCAAAGUGUUUGGAGCUACUGACUUCGUCAAUCCCAAGGAUUACAAUAAACCCAUCAGCCAAGUGCUGAUGGAGAUGACUGGUGGAGGUGUGGACUACUCCCUGGAAUGUAUUGGGAAUGUGGAAUGCAUGCGCAGUGCUUUGGAAUCUUGUGUGGCAGGCUGGGGCGUUAGUGUCAUUGUUGGAUGGACAGACUUGCAUGACGUAGCCACCCGACCUAUUAAUCUCAUGCUUGGACGUACAUGGACUGGGUGCUUGUUUGGAGGAUUUAAGGGUAAGGAUGGCAUUCCUAGGAUGGUUAAAGCAUAUCUGGACAAGAAGGUGAUGCUGGAUGAGUUCAUUACUCACAACAUGACUGUGGACCAGGUCAACGACGCCAUUGAACUGUUGAAGAACGGUAAAAGUAUCCGCACAGUCAUGAGAUUUUCUCCACAAUAAUGCUGCUGUGCUGCCUUCAUUAACACUAAAGUUACUACCAGCGAACACUAAUCAGUGUUUGAAGAGUAAAAUAAAUGGUCUCCCAGAUGGA